GGUUUGUGUGUGGUGCUUGGUGGUAAUGUUUCAAUUCUCACUGUCGUCUUGGUUGCUGUAACAAUCAAAUACAGUUUGAAAGAUGAGAACUUAACGAUGCAGAAGAUAUCCUCCCCGUAAACUAAAAGAUGGUAUGUUUUCUUUGUGACAUGACUGCCCGUUAAUAUUUGGCUCUGUAGUCAAUUCCCAGUACGUCUUAUAUGGUCUGCCGUCUUUGAGAAACUCGACCCUCAUGCAAUAAAUUCGAAAUGCGAAGUAAUAGAAAAAUAAUAAAAUCAACAUUUUUUUAGGCGAAAAAUAAGUUGAAGUUUAUGUGAAUCACGAGAAAUCUCUAUAUAUGAGUUUAUAUCCAUUGAUGACACAGUGAUUUCCUUGCAAUUCAAUAAUUCCUGGGAAAACUAUUUUUAGAAUUUAAUGUUUACAUCGAGAGAUAACCAAAGUCAACACUUUUAAUUGUACAUUGUAUGGUGACAUUUGGUUAUCAAGAUCUGACGUUACCUAGACAGUAAUCCUGAUGCAUUAAUUGAUAUUUCGUUAUUUUCACUAUUCAUUAUUUUAUCUCAUAGUUAAAUCAGUCGUAUUUUUGAUCAAUUCAAUUUUGAACAAACUGUCCACCUAUGGCAUUUCUUUAUUAGAAAGAAUUUCUUUAUGAUAAAACACAAAAAAUGGUUCAGAAACACCGGACACGACAACUGUUUGAGGUUUAAUCCGAAAUUUCAAUUUCAACAUAUAGUUCAGGCUGAAUUCUUUGGUGAUUACAUGUUUACAUAAAUUUUAGGGGCAUCAACACUUAUACAUAUGCCUUGCUGAACAACUGUUGGGUUUUUUUUAAAUCAAAAAAGUACUACCGUCUGUAUUGCUGUCGUCUUGCGUAGUAUAAGUUGAGGUAUACGUAUAUGCUUUGCUUAGCGUUUAGGGCUUAAACAAACAGUGGAUUUGAAUUAAAAUCAUACCUUUUAAUUGAAUUUUUGCUAAGUCAUAAACGUCUUUGCGCAUUCAAAUUUCUGUUUGCUUUGGUAAUCGCAGGCAUGUUUUUUAGCCAGGAAAUUAGACAAUGUUUGAUAUCUGAUGAGGUAUAUAACAGUUUGGAGUCACAAUACUAGAUUAACAUCAAGCAAGAUAUUAGAGUAAUUUCAUACAAGACGAACAGCUUUAUUCAAUAUGGAGACAAGAUAUAUGCUUGGUAUUUUGAUACUUGUGAUUGGCGUAGCCAAUGGAUAUCAAUGCAAUGAUCGGCCUCGAAAACUUGGCUGCUUUCAAGAUUCACCAAAGAACAGAUUGAUGAGAAAUGAAUUCAAUGUAAAGAUGAAGGAUUCUGACUGGUUGGGUGAUAACUGGAGUGAGCAUUUGAACAAAUUGUUGUGCGAGUGUUCUGAUAAAGCUAAAAAAGCAGGGAAACAGUACUUUGGUUUACAACAUUUCUACGAGUGUUGGAUUGGAAAUCUAGAUCAUGUUGACAUUGAAAAAUUUCGUUUAAAAGACAAAUCGAAAUGCUGGUCGAAGAAUCCGAAUCCUUUCAAAUGCGCUGAAAAUGAUCAAGUGUGUGUUGGAAAAGGAUUAACUAUGGCAAUUUAUGAAGUCACUCAUUCCUCGUUCAUCAUACCAGACACAGCGACAGAGCCGACAAUGAAAGUCAUGAGUCUGCCAGCGAAAGGCAAACGACCUCCUCCAAAGAUACCAGCUCUACCACCUCACAUCGGUCGUCGCUAAAUAUGAACAUCAAUCAUAUGGAUCGAUACCAAACUACCUUACUUAUAUAUAACGUAUACGGUAAUAUAGAGAACAUAUAACUGAAGUAUUGCUACUUUGAUGAAGGAAUACUUGAAUAAAGUUCAUGAGUGGAAAGUCUUGUUUUUAGAAUU